AUGCUCUGCUGGCCGCUGUCAAGCGAUGCUCCACGGGGCGGGGAGGCCGGCUUGCGAGCAGACGUGGGCGGCGAGGCUGGCAGCGGCGACAGCGACGACGGCGGGGAGGGCGGGGCGGUCGGCGGAGAGGAGGACGACGCGGGCGCGCCCGACAGCGUGUGUGGGCCGCAGGGUUUCCUUGUGGGGCGCCAGCAGAUGUCGCAGGAGGCCGUCGUCGCCCUGGGCCCCGAGUCCCUGGCCGCCCUCAUCGGCCGCCUGCUCGUCUGCCGGGCCCCCUCCUCAGCUGCCGCGCGUGGCUUCAGCACGCGCCUGGAGCUGGGGCCCGGCCCCACGGCGCUCGCGCCGGCCGGCGACGGGGCGUCCGACCUGCAGCUAUCGCUGCUGCUAUUCCUCAUCGCGGCCUGCGCGAGCGACGAGCAGAGCUACGCAGACGCUGGGCUGGAGGCGCUGGCGCGACAGGUCCUGGCGUCUGGCCUGGACGCCCGCCAGUGCUGGUGCCUGAGCGCCUUUGUGCUGGAGCACCUCAUGGCCCACCAGCAGGGCCGCUACUGGCAGGCGCUGCGCCAGCUGCUGUCGCGCGCGCAGGCGGAGGAGGACGAGCGGCUCUUGGGCAACCCCUUCUUGCAGCUGCAGGCGCUGUUUGCAGGGUGA